GAGGUUUGUCCGACUCAACACUCGAGGAGGGGGGGCACUGUUGUCAUCUGCUUGGGCUGUGUGUCGAGCUUUUGUCCAUGAGAGAUGGCCGGGAUUAAAGCUCUCAUCAGCCUUUCUUUUGGAGGGGCCGUUGGCCUUAUGUUUCUCAUGCUAGGAUGUGCCCUCCCUGUGUAUGAUACAUACUGGCCUUUGUUCCUCCUCUUCUUCUACAUCCUCUCUCCAAUCCCGUACUGCAUCUCGCGGAGGGUGGUUGAUGACACAGACUCGGCCAGUAACGCCUGCAAAGAGCUGGCCAUCUUCCUCACAACGGGCAUCGUCAUUUCAGCUUUUGGUCUGCCCAUUGUCUUCGCAAGAGCUGAUGUAAUUGCCUGGGGGGCAUGUGCGCUUGUGCUAACGGGGAACAUAGUCAUCUUCGGACCAUCCCUGGGUUUCUUCCUGGUCUUCGGAUCCAACGAUGACUUCAGUUGGCAGCAGUGGUAAACAGCAGCGGCAGAGGGACCUUAGUCUGAACUGUUUUUAUUAGCGUUACAAUUAAUAUUGGUAUUACUGUUUUGGUUCUUGU